ACCACUUCUCCAGAGGAAUCCUAGUUGCCUUCUGUUGGGACGCUUCCACCGCGGGAAUCCAAGAAAUGAAAACCAUCUCACUGCACUUAUUCGGUGUCGCCGCAGCAACACCAGAGCAGAAAACCUGCCAAUUUCCUUUUUCAACACAAAUGACUGAUGAGAAACGAGGCUCAUGUUUUCAUUUUUCUCCCUCACUCAUUCACAGCAGGAGCUCAGUGACAAGGGGUCAGCUUCUUAAUCAUUUUUCCUCUUGAUAAAGAUCACAUAACUUUUGCCUGGAAAGAGUAAAUCUGACAGUUCAGCCAACGUGUACAGAUGGUUUUAUACUUUUGUUGCAGAGACAAAAGCGUGUAAAGUCAUCUUUAGCAAGCCAUAAUGAAAUGGGAGAAGUUAAAGCCUCCAGAGCCAGAUGACCCUAUGUGUUGCUGUGAGUGUGAUAUCUACCAGUGCGGAUGUUGCUGUGACUGUGAAGAUCUGGAUGAAGCCUUUAACAGGUGGCUUAAAGACAAACCACCUAAAAGUGGAUGUCAGUCUCCUGUUCUUGGGGCCAUGAUUGACAACCUGGAGAUCUCCAUGAUCCCGGCCCUGGUGUUGCUGCCUCUCCUGCUGCGGGUUGCCGCGCUGCACUACCUGCUGGGCAUCACCAUCCUCACAACCCUGCCCGGCCUGGUCCUCUGGUAUUACUACGCCACGCACCGGAGGAAGAGACGCACCCUCUUCUUCCUCACUCUCGCGCUCUACUCUCUGGCCUACAUGUACUACCUCUUCAUGACAGAGAUUUUACCACGUGGGGACGUCAGCCAGCUACAGGUGUGUACUGUGACCACCGGGAUGAUUCUCACAAUCGGCUCUCUUAUUCAGACCAAGAGGGGCCCGGGAGUUGUGACCGCUUCCCUACUUGAAGCGCGCAGCCAGAGUCAGGACAAGGACUCCACACAUGUUAAUGGAGCCAUCCAAUCGGCGGCCUCCUCCUCGGCAGGGUCUGCAGCAGAGUUGCAGACAACAGAAGCGACCCUGACAACAAAAUGGAGCAGGUGUCCUGUGUGCAAAAUAAUGCGACCCCCACGGGCUGGACACUGUCGAACCUGUGGAUCCUGCGUCCAGCGCCUGGACCACCACUGUAUCUGGAUAAACAGCUGUGUUGGACAGGCAAACCACCGCAGUUUCCUGCUGACCCUCUCUGUGUUCGUGUUGACCUCUCUGUAUGGGAUCAAGUUGGUGCUUUGCAGCCUCUGUCCUCGGCAGUAUCUCAUGACAGCUCUCCUCUACUGCCCCGGCGUCUACAGUCAGUCUAGCACGGCACUUUGCUUCACCUGUGCUUGGUACAGCGGCAUUGUCACGGGUGGAUUGCUUUACCUGUUAGUGGUACAAGUUCUUAAUAUCAGCUUCAAUGUGACGGAGCGGGAGGCUCAGCUGGCUCUGAGGAACAAAACGGGUCAGAGCCGCCUGUGGGGACUCGUCAUCGACACAGGAGAGUAUUCACGUGGCUUCUAUCAGAACUGGGUUGAGUUUCUCACCAUGACAGAUGCCUCGGUUUCUCCUCGCUCCAGCCUCACUGACUUGGUCUAGUUUCACUUUAUACUUUCCAGUAACAUCAUGAUAACAGACUGUUAAUACGGCAUGUGUGAAGAAUUUCAUCUCAUGUAUUUUCUUAGGACAUAUCAGCUGACGACAUCCAGAGCUUAUCGCAUUCCAGCCUCUUAGAUACAAAAUAUCAGAAACUAUUUUAACUAAAAUAAGGUGCAGGGGAGUAUAAAGGUGCUCUGUUUACUGCUUAAAAAAAGCACACACUGAUCAUAUUUUGGAGUUGGAAUUUGUAGCACAACUGCGUACUCAUGGAAUAAAGCUGCAGGAACUGCCACAUAUAUUAUAUAUAUAUAUAAAUAUAUACAUAUAUUUAUAUAUAUAAUAUAUAUAUAUAUAUAUAUAUAUAUAUAUUCAUAUAAAAGAGGAAUAACAGCCUUUCAGCUCUGUAAGGAAGUAAUGGUCAUUAAAUGACAGGAAACAAAACUGCUAGCGUUGCAAACUUCUCAAAUUUAGCCGUAGGGUGGCGGCAGAGGAAAGGCUUGUGUUAUGAGUAAAAAUUGAAAGUGUAGGACACCUCAGCUUGUCAGGCUCAGCUCUACAUUGUCAGACUUCCUGUGAUUUCAUCAGCAAACUGUACUGUGUUAACCACAGUACACUGUCAGGCUCAGCUCUGACUCUGCUGUGCUAAGGACACGUAAUAUUUAGCAUGUUAACAUAAGGCUGCACCUGCUGCCAUGUUACUGUCUCUUCCUCCUCCCCAGCAGAUGCUGGAGAAACUAUACAUCCAAUACAAGCGCUCCCACAUGGGUGGUGGGCGUAUACAGCCAUAACUUCCUGGAGCAGCUUCAGUCAUCGUUACUGUUAUGACUGAUACAAUCUGGUUUUCCCCUGUAUUUACUUUUUUCUCUGCAGCGCUCAGCGUUAUUGAUUUUUUAAUCUAAUGGUGUUUGUCCAUUACUUUCUCAUGGUGUGAGUGGUGGCUCCUUUUACACUGCCCAGGCCUACAAAUUUAAAUACAUGCAGGAGAUGCAUAUGUAAAUAAUCAAAUACAGAUGUUAUUUAUUUAUAAAAGGACAAGACUCCUGUGCAUUGUAAUGUGCAAUAUUUAAAUUUCUAUCAUCUUUCCCACAGUAUAAUAAAAAUAGCAAACUGAGCAGUGUGUGUGCUCUCCUGUGUUGUCCGGACUGCAGUGUUUCCCUCCAUACACUAUCCCAUUAUCAAGUCUCAUAAUGCACAUCUUGGGUGAAGUGAUCGAUCGAACUGUUUAAAUCAAUAAAUUUCCUCCAUUUAAAUCCCUCAACUGAAAGGUUUAUUUGGCGUCUCCACUCCCCCAUACUUUCCGUGCCAGUGGCUCCAGAGUCUGUUGCUUGCUUGCUCUGAUUGGUCUCUCCUCUGGUGCCACCCUCAGGGCAAUUUGUGCAUGUUCUGCCACUAGUGCUGUCUCUAGAUGUACAUCUGUUAUAUAUCUCAUAUAAUAUCAUAAGCUCAGUUUUAGUUGUAAUAUCUUAUAUUUGUGCCCUAUGACCUGUUUAUAACCGAAGAAGUCGCAGCUUGAUCUCAUCAUCAUAAUUUCUCUUUUCCAUUUUAUUAUAAGAGUUUUCCGUCCUUAACCAUGUACAUUUAUAUGAUUAUAUUGCUGUUUAUAUUUCAAACACUGUAUUAUGUUAAUUUAGUGUAAUUGUCACAGACAGUGUAACACUGUUUAAUAUUUGGACCCAUACAUCUGAUACAAUUGCUUCCAGGCGUGUUGUAUUCAGUACCGCAGAUUGUUGGGUUAUCAGACACAUACAUGCAAAUCUGAUGUCGUGUGGCAGCUUCUGAGAAUGUCUGCUUUCCAUAAAGGCUCACUCUACUGCUCUAAAUCAAUGUCUAUCUCUCCCUGAACCCUAGAUUUUUUUUUUUCUUUAAUGAUGUCAUGCAACUCAAUGAUCAAAUUCCCAAAGGGUUUAGCGUAAUCGUCCCUGCCUUAAAAUAUUUUCAUUCCCCAUUAUUGUUUCCCGUGUGAAUAACCUGCAGCGAAAUGUCAUUACAAUGCCUGGUUAGUUUUACAAGCUAACUUUGUUAGUCUUGCUCUUCUAGUGCUUAAAGAUGAUGAUGUCAGUUUGCGUCUCCAGCGCUUCGGUUCACAGCAACAACCACUGAUCAGACUGCAGUGGAAUGAUUGGUAAUGAUUUUGGUGGACAUGUGAUGGUUCUUUUGGUCUCUCAGUCCGGUGAACAUUUCGCCUUGUCCAUACAGUUUGUCCAAGACAAAGUAUCUUGAAAACCAUGUACAGAUUUGCAUUUAAUUUGCUGUUUGACAUUCACGGCUCCUAAUGUUUUUAUUAAACCUUUCCACUAGCAUCAACAUGAAAUUUCACACAUUUCUCAAAAGCAAAC